GAGAGAUUAAAAUGUUGCAUUUACAUAAAAUUAAAUUAAAUUCCAUCGAAAUUCCUUGUGGUAAUCUACAAUUUGAUCACAAGUUUAUAUUACCAUAGAAAUAUUCAUUGGUAAAGUUCGUCUAGGGAAAUGAAACUGAUUGAUACAAGCGUUCAAUAGCUUUGAGCAUUUGACAUUCCAUUUAGUAUCAACAAAGUUUCCGAUAUCAAUAAAAUGGCAGAAAAUAAAACGUCUAUAGGGGAAGAGUCGUUAACAAAAUCAUGCAUACGACAGGAAACAGAAAAUGCAGAGAAUUAUGAGUUGGAGACCAAGGGAUGUAACCAAGACAAGGACAAUGAUUGUGAGAAGGACGAAAAGAACGGAUGUGAUGAAGAUAAGGAAAAUGUAGACGACGAAGAGGAAGACAAUGAUUGUGACUGGAUGACGAAAGAAGAGGAAGAAAGAAAAAUUAUACAAUGUCUGCAGGAAGUUGCCAGUAGAUGUACUCAUGCUAAUCCAAAGAAAAGACCCACAUCUUAUGAAGUACUCGAUAUGUUAUAUAAAGUAUACGAACCACCAAAAGAACCAUGGUCGUUUAAAAGUUUCUGUCAGAAUCUAUGUCAGGCAGAAAACUACGAAGAUUGUGAGGACUCCACGCUAGACACACCGUUACCAAGAUAAAUAAACGUUAACAAGGUGGAGACAUUUCAAAGU